CAGACCAUUUUGCAAAACUGGCUCUGCUCUCUCGUCUAGAUGCACGUUGUCAUACUUCAUGCAUUUCGGUUCAGUGACUUUUCCCACACUAGAUAACUGCUAUAGUCUAUUUAUAUACAUGCGCCUUAGUCUUCCUUCGACAUAGAAGAACAAAAACGCAACGAACGUGCAUGUUGAGAUGGACGUGUCUGGCCACAGUCUGUUCCUUCUGCAGCAGUUGAACGUCCAAAGGGAGUUUGGCUUUCUGUGUGACUGCACUGUUGCCAUUGGUAACGUAUACUUCAAGGCUCAUCGUGCAGUCCUUGCUGCCUUCUCAAACUACUUCAAAAUGAUCUUCAUCCACCAGUCCAGUGAGUGCAUUAAGAUCCAGCCUACAGAUAUUCAACCAGAUGUCUUCAGCUACCUUUUACACAUCAUGUACACAGGCAUGGGUCCCAAACAACCCGUAGACCAGGGCAGACUUCAAGAAGGUAUCAAGUUCCUCCAUGCAUACCAGCUCUGCCACAAAACAGGUGAGGGUGGCCCUGAUGCAUCCUCUGAACCCCUCCGUAUGUCCAACCUGUAUGGCAUCCAGAUCUCUUCACAGUUGGCCAGUAAAGAGAACUCGGGCCUGAAGGCUGGUGGUUCACGGGACCCUGAGGAUGGCCGCUCCAGCACUAGGGCUGAUCGCACACAUGGCCGUUUAGCUCUCGCAGUAGGGCUGGAGGGCAUUACAUCUGAACGACAGCCUCAAAGCUUCCGCGCCGCAUCCUCAGUGGCCUCGGGGGAUGACUCUGACAUUUCGGCACGGAUAAAACAGGAAAGAGCAGAGGAGGAAGAACAAGAAGGUGACAAAGAGCCUUGCUCUCUCUCCCCAGCUCAGGUGAGCCCCUGUCAAGCAGGUCUAUUUAAAGAUGGCCCUCUAGCGCUUUUAUGCCCUCGGUGCGGUGAACGCUGUCUGUCACCUGAAGGCCUACAAGAGCACCUAUUUACCCACGCAGCCUGUGCCCUCGAGCCUAGUGGUCUAAUGGAAGGCCCUUCAGAGGACAAAACCAGGGAGCACAAGUCCCUAGAGGAGAGGCCUCCUCACAAUGAGCGCAUAGACUCUGGCAGUCUGGAGGAGGCCUUACGGCAGAGUCAGGCCCUGGCAGAUGAGCUUGCCGUGGAACUCAGACGAGGUGGUGGGACUGGAUGGAGCGGCAGCCCGUUGGCAGCCUUCACACGAAAACGAAAGAUUGCCUGUGCCGUCUGCAACCUUCGCUUCUCGCAGAAGAGCCAGCUGCAGGAGCACAUGUUCGCACAUGUGGGCAAGCCACUGCGAUACCAUCGCUACAGCCGCUUCUGCGGGCAGCUGCUCCAUGGCUGUGAGGGCCAGCCAGAUAUUACCACAACCACAGGAGAGGAGGCAGCCAAGGACACUCAGGAUAACGGCAGCUCCUGCUACUCACUGGACUCUGAGGUCUCUCAGGAGAGUGUGGACGCAGUGACUGUGGAAUGAUGUAGUGUUUGGCAUAUAUUCAUGCAAACACUCAAUGACUGUUAAAGGAAUAUCUGGAUUUAGUACAAGUUAAGCUCAGUCAACAACAUUUGUUGAUUACAACAAAAAUUAAUUUCCACCUGUCCCUCCUUUUCUUUUUCUUUAAAAAAAGAGCAAAAUAUGUUACAGUGAGGAAUUUAUAGUAGACGUGAAUGGGCAUAAUCCAUAAAUGUAAAAAUACUCAAUGGUUUAAUAAGACAUAAACAAAAUAUGUUAACAUGAUUUUAAUUUGGGGAAAAAAUAUCUUACCUUUUCUGUGUAAAGUUGUAUCUAAUUUUACAAAUUCCAUGACAUAAAACAUAAAGCCUAGUGUGUGGAACUUCAGUUUUUACACAUAAGCUGGAGUAUGCGUACAGUGCUUGUGAGUGUGACAUACAUCAUUUUUAACAGAAUAAUGUAUAUGUUUUUAUUUUAAGAAUAACAUUUUAAGAAUCAUGUUUCUGCUUUUAAUUCCUCCAGAAUUGGUCCCCAUUCUAUUACAUUCCAGUAUGCCUCGCGGUUUUUGCUUUUCAAAAUUGUCAAAAUUGCUUUGUGUUAACAUUAUUCUUUACAUUAUGUUGAUUGAGCUGAACUUCUAUUAAACCCCAAAUUUUCCUUUAACAAAUUUAGUUUUCUGCCUCAGCACUUCUGUCCUGUCACAAAAGUCCUUGUCAAUGUUAAAAAAUGAGAAUUUUGGGUUGCACUUUAUUUUACAGUCUGGUACUAACUUGUAUUUAUAGUGUACGUACAGUGUAUUUAUCUACAAAAGUUCUGGUAACACAAGGUACAGUAACUACAUGGGGUAGGGUUAGGGUCAGGGGUAGGUUCAGGGUUAGUACCUAGUUAUUACAUAGUUAUUGUAAUUACUGUAAUAAGUACAUAGUAUGUACAUGAGGAACAGGACUGUAAAAUAAAGUACUACCAAAUUUUGUUUAAAACUUAGUGUUGAUGAUUGUAGUGUUGUUGUAUAAUGAUGUUGCUGACUCUUGGGUGACUGAACACUUUUGGAUCAAUUAUAUAUUAAAAAUAAGGAUAAGAUUGACAAGCUUGUGCGUGUGAAACUCAAAUAGCACUUUUAAGUGCCACAUUUGACCACAAUCAAAAUAUUUAUUUUCAGAGGCCUGCCUAAGAUAAUAAUAUGAUUAUUUUUGACCUAAUGAGUGAAACUGAGCAUAUAUUCUAAACAAUUUCUUCCCUAAAUGGAAUUUACUAUCCAAAACUGGUUCAGUGCCUUAGAAUAUUUUUGCCAAACAUUUCUGUAAAGAAAAGCACUAUUGCUCAGCCAGUUGAACCAAAUCCAGCAGUCUUUCAUUUUUCAAGUUAACAGUGAACAGUGCCUAUUUGUGCAAAGUUGUCCAAGACGUCUACACAAUCAGAAUAAUCUAUCAAAUGAAUGUGUGCAACUGGUGCUUUUCUAAAAGCUUUUUGAUAUGUUGAAAGACUUUCACAAACACAAGAGUAUAAUACAAGUUUGCUAACAGUCUUACUACAUAAAUUGAGACAUAACUAGAGAGAUGGGACAAUGCCACUGUAAAUGUCUAAUAUACCACUUCCUGACAAACAAAGCAAUGGCACAUUCAGUCAUGUUUCAAAAGCAGACAGGUCAUUUUCAAAAGCUGAGACAUGACAAAAUGUUUUAUUUAGAAUGAUCGAUCAAUUUCAAGACAUCACUGAUGGUAUACAUGGUUUCUUUGUGCUGUAUUCGAACUGUCAAAGCACCACUUUUUGCAGUUAUAUCCGUUGAAUAAUAGAGGCUGGUGUACUGUGAUGAGUAUAUUAAAUCAGCAAAACUUGCAUUCGUGUUAUUUGUGUGAUGUGUGUAGUGUAUUUAAAUAGUCCCUUUCGAUUUCAUUCAUUAUCAUCACUCCGUGCCACUGUGUGAUAAUGUGUUUGGGUAUUUUUUUUAAUAAAUGGCACAUUGAAUAAACUGUGUUUUAUAAUGCUUCUGCUUUGUUCACUUGUCAUUGGUUUCAUUGGCACUGAUUAGGGAUUGUGUACCCCAAAUUAAAAUUCUGUCUUCAUUUACUCACCCUCACAUCAUUCCAAACCUGUUGUAUGAUUUUAUACAGCUUAGAAUGCAAAACAUGAUAUUUUGAACAAUGUUUAAUGUUUCUGGUCUAUACAAUGAAAGUCAGUGGGGUUCAUUGUUGUUUUGGUCCCGACUGACUUUCAUUGUAUGGACAGUAAAAUUCUUCAGAUGAUGCUCUUUAGUGGUUUGCCGAAAGAAUAAAUUCAUACAGGUUUGCAAUAACAUUGGGGUGAAUAAAUUAUGACACAAUUUACGUUUUGGCCAAACUAUCCUGUAACUGACUAUCUUGUAGUAACAUCUUAUUGCCACAAGAGAGUAGCAUGUAGUCACAAAAGUAAACAUUAUCUCUGCUGCCAACUCUGAGUAAUCAUCUUUAAGCGUUUCUCCCAAGCUUGUUAUGUACAGUAUACAGUCUAUAGUCUACAGUCUACAUAACAUCUAACAAGUUCACUGUAGGCUUCAGUCAGGACCUCAUUUAAAUAUGAAAAGAACAUCCAAUGUGCACACCUGGGUUCUCAGACCACUUAUUUUCAUAAAAACGUUGCCCUUAAUGUUGACGGAAUGGAAAGGAGUUUUACACAACAAAUCAUUAGCAUGUGGCUCAGUGCCUUCUCAGAGUCAUGUGUGGGAUAUUCAUUGCUAUAGAAACUAGACUGCAAUAACAUGGGAAAUAAUAUCGCAGUAUAAAAAAUAAGAACAAUAGAAGGUAACAUUAAUGACAAUAUGAGGUUAAUCAUGCAAGUACAAAUUUAAAGCAUUAAAAUUACAUAAAAUUACAAACUUUUCCACAAUCUGACACCAGUUAUUACAAUUAUCAUAACAAACAUUCCCAAUGUUUAAACAGCCUGAAAUGUCACCUGACAUUUAAUCAUGUGAAAA